AUGAAGUUCAGCAUCUUUACCGCUCUUGCCGCUGUCGGUAGUGUUACUGCUGCCAACCAGGCCAUCGUAAUCAACGAUUGCGACACCGCCAUCUAUGUUCAAUCUCACCCUUCUAACAACGGAGCGCCUGGUCCCCUCACAACCGUGAAGCCUGGCCAGCGGUUCUCUGAAGACUUGCGCUCUUCUGGCUCGACCGUCAAGAUUGCCACUACAAAGACCCUCACCAAGCCGCUCUUCUUUGGUUACUCAACCUCCUCAAAGCCUGAUAAUGUUUACUAUGAGCUCAGCACUGAAUUCGGCAACCCCUUUGCCGACAAGCAUAACAUCCUGAACCCUGGCGCCGGUUGCGACAAGUUCGAUUGUGCUGCUAAUGACGCCAAGUGCUAUAGCACCCCUAGCAACAAGAAGGUCUAUGGCUGCCCCAGCCCUACCAACAUCUAUGCUCGCGUGUGUGCCAAGUAA